UCUAUGGUUUGCAUGGCUGGAGAAUAACCGUGGAGAGGCCAGGGUAUCACAAGCUUAUGGAUUUUGACAAGAGAGGGGGUAAGGGAGAGACAGAGGAAGGGAAAAAAAUGUCUAAGACGGCAGGUAGCAGGACUGGACAUGGGGGCCGGAGUUCUGGGACCAAUUCUGGAGUUCUUAUGGUUGGCCCAAACUUCCGUGUUGGUAAAAAGAUUGGCUGCGGGAACUUUGGAGAGCUACGCCUGGGAAAGAAUCUGUAUACCAACGAAUACGUCGCGAUCAAAUUGGAGCCAAUUAAAUCCAGGGCACCACAGCUCCAUUUGGAGUAUAGAUUUUACAAACAGUUGGGAAAUUCAGAGGGGAUUCCACAGGUGUACUACUUUGGUCCUUGCGGGAAAUACAAUGCUAUGGUGUUAGAGCUGCUUGGGCCAAGUCUUGAAGACCUGUUCGAUCUUUGUGACCGCACCUUCUCCCUCAAGACCGUCCUGAUGAUAGCCAUACAGUUGAUAACGCGGAUGGAGUAUGUUCACACGAAGAGUCUGAUAUACAGAGAUGUGAAACCAGAAAACUUCUUAGUUGGGAGACCAGGAAGCAAACGACAGCACACCAUUCACAUCAUCGAUUUUGGUCUGGCCAAAGAGUACAUAGACCCUGAGACCAAAAAACACAUCCCGUACCGGGAGCACAAGAGUCUGACUGGAACGGCACGCUACAUGAGCAUCAACACACACCUGGGAAAAGAGCAGAGUAGGCGGGACGAUUUGGAAGCCUUGGGUCACAUGUUCAUGUACUUCCUUCGAGGUAGCCUCCCUUGGCAGGGUUUAAAGGCGGAAACUUUGAAGGAGAGGUAUCAAAAAAUUGGGGACACUAAAAGGGCGACCCCAAUCGAAGUGCUUUGUGAAAGCUUCCCUGAAGAGAUGGCCACCUACCUGCGAUACGUGAGGAGGCUGGACUUCUUUGAGAAGCCUGACUACGACUACUUGCGGAAGCUCUUCACUGAUCUCUUUGACAGGAAUGGCUACGUCUUUGACUACGAAUACGACUGGGUCGGUAAAUCCCUGCCCACACCAAUAGGCCCUAUUCCCAGUGAUGCACCCCUGCAACCCAGCAGCAGGGACAAAGCACAACAGCAAACCAAAAACCAGUCGCCUGAGCCAAAAGGAAGUGAGUCUCAGCCCACCCCCGUGACCAAUAAGGAGACUUUGGGGUCGCACCUCACAGCUGAGCGGCUGGGGGGCUCUGUCCAGGUGAUGAGCUCAACAAAUGGCGAGCUGAACACUGACGACCCCACAGCUGGACACUCCAAUGCUCCCAUCACUGCUCCCACCGAGGUUGAAGUGGCCGACGAAACCAAGUGCUGUUGUUUCUUCAAAAGGAGAAAGAGGAAAGCCCUCCAGAGGCACAAGUGA